AUGUCAGGAACAGUGCAGAAAGGCCUGCAGCGAAUCCUGAAAAAAUCACCGUCAGAUGUCGUCAUCCUCUCUUCUCUCCGAACAGCAGUAACUCGAGCCAAAAAGGGCGGCUUCAAAGAUGCCUACCCCGAAGAACUUAUAUCCCAUGUCCUACGCGCCACUCUUGCCGCAAAUCCAAAGCUCGACCCCGCGUUGGUUGAAGAUAUAGCCAUCGGGAGCGUUUUGCAAGAGCUGGGUGGUACAAAAGCUGCUCGAAUGGGCCAGAUACACGCAGGCUUUCCCAAUACCGUUCCUUUCCAUACAGUCAACAGACAAUGUAGCUCAGGGCUAGCAGCAAUCACAACCAUUGCGCACUCUAUUUCCGUGGGCGCAAUAUUGGUUGGAAUAGGUGGGGGUAUGGAAUCCAUGACGCGCAAUUAUGGCUCACGUGCUCUUCCAACUGUUUUGUGGCCGGAGCUGCGAAAUUCUCCAUAUAAGGAUGCGAGGGAUUGCAUCAUGCCUAUGGGCAUAACGUCGGAGAAUGUUGCAGAGCGGUAUGGCAUUACGCGCAAAGACCAAGACAUCUUUGCAAUGGAGUCUCACAAAAAGGCUUCGGCAGCACAAGAGAAGGGACUUUUUAAUCGCGAAAUCGUGCCAGUUACCACCAAGAGUUUUCUUGAGGGCCGACCUGAGGGACCCGCGACCGAGAUUACAGUUACUAAAGAUGAUGGUGUCCGCACUUCGAUCUCGCUCGAUAAACUAGCUUCCCUGAAACCAGCAUUCUCAGAAACAGGAUCCAGCACCGCUGGAAAUAGUUCUCAGAUCAGCGACGGUGCAGCUGCCACCCUGCUCAUGCGCCGCUCGACAGCAACAGAGCUUGGUCUCACUUCCAGUAUAAUUGGCAAAUGGGUAUCAACGCAAGUGGCGGGCUGCGCUCCUGAUGAAAUGGGAAUUGGACCUGCCUUCGCCAUCCCGAAGGUUCUUUCUCAGACUGGGCUGUCGAUAUCUGACAUUGGGAUCUGGGAAAUCAAUGAAGCAUUUGCUAGCCAGGCCCUGUUCUGUAUUCGGAAACUUGGUAUUGUUGAAAAUAAAGUAAACCCUAAGGGUGGAGCGAUCGCUCUGGGACACCCACUGGGAGCAACUGGUGCGAGGCAGCUGGCAACUCUGCUCCCUGAGAUGGAGAGGCAGGGAGAGCAGGUUGGGGUUGUGAGCAUGUGCAUCGGAACAGGUAUGGGCAUGGCAAGUGUGUUUGUCAGGGAAUAG